AUGUUGAAGAAUAAUGCGACGAAAUAUCCUCGGAAAGCUGAAACUCUACCAUGUGUUCCGUCGGGCUGUAGAAGCACUGGUAAAAGAACUAAUAAACAAAGAAAGAGCAGUAGUGUUAGUAGUAGCAGUAGGAAGAGGAGGAUAGCAAGAAAGCACCGCAUUAUAACGAGUAAUCUUCACCCUGCAGAGGAUAUUCCCUUAGUCACUAAACGAUAUAUUGACAAUGAGCACCAGAUAAGAAAAAGAUGUCAAUCACUAGGCUAUGGAGAUAAAGGAGAUAGUCAAAUUAUCAAAAAUCGUGUAAAUCCAACUCGACAAAAAUCUGUCAGUCGAAGUAAAUACAUCCGUACAUCUCCGUACACCUGCCAGUUAACCGCCGCGUCCUCCUCUUCUAGGACGAAAACAAAUUCACUAACCUAUUCAUCAAAAAUGCCUAAGACAACUGCUCCAGCUAGUCAGACAGGAGAAUCAGAGAAACACUGCUUGACUCCAUUAUUUCCCUUUAAUGUCAGCGAUAAAUACCUGCAUAAAUCGACUUCUAAAUGCCAGAAGUCUUAUUCUAAAGCCGACGAUCAAGAAGAAUGUACUGAUGACAUGGAUUCGAUACUAGUAAAACUUAUCGGUCAAGAAUGUUAUAGUUCAGGUGAUGAGACCUGUGAAUAUCCCACACCGGGGAAUAUUUGUCGUUUAUGCAAGUCAGAAAAAUUGCGCAUACCUGAUUCCAGCAAUGCAACGACACUGAAUUAUUUAACAGACAAUUGUCUUCUGUCGCAAUCAAGUUUAUCAAGUGAUUACUCUUCUGGGUGGGUACAAAAUAUACUAAAGAAUACGACUGGACUUAAGCGAGAUAAUUUCCCUGGAUCAGGUAGCCAGUUAGGCAAGGGUUAUACACAUCGUCUGCCAGGGAGAAAGUCUCUCGACCUCAGUCAGAAUAGAUUGUCUCGAAUAAAAAAGUGUUCAUCGUGUGAUGUGUAUACUAACAGUUCGUUGACACCGAUCAAAUCUAGGAAUAGUAAUGAGACCUAUCAUUUGUGUUAUGCGUAUAAUUUCUCAAAUGAAACAUCAGACGAGAAGCCAAGGAAAAGAUUUCUUCAAAACUUUCCUCCCCCUCCUAUUUACCGUUUAUGUCACCAACAUCACCAUAAUCCUCGUACAGAAAGUACUCCUGAACCCAUUGAACGCCUCACAGAUUCGCAAGAAGGCACACACGCCUCAUCAAGUCGAAAAUUAUGCAAACGUAUAAAAUAUCCAAGAAUGCCGUUGUUCUGCCAGCCGUCAGAGAAGACAACAACACCAAUGAGUCCCGAUCGCAUAAAAACGUUAGAGGAGGAUAAUUUCCCAUCAUCGUCAGAGAAUCGUCAACCGACUAACCCAAAGAAAGGGUUAUCUCAACAGUCAUUUAAAAAAGUACUGCAAGGAUUUCCAUAUUUACGGCAUACUUCGCAUACAAGUCUAUCACCGAUUCGUGUAAGUAUUUCCAAGCUAAAGCUUAAUUCGCCGCCUGAAAAAGAACAAACAGUCUGGAGGCAUAGUGAAUUUAAAUCACCGAAAGAUUUAAUGGAGAAGGUUAUCGGUGGUAGAAAUUCAACGACUAACUUUCUGUUACACGAAUUAGAAAGUGUAAUCAUAACAAAAGAGGAGGAGGAUUUCAGUACACUGCUAGACACUGGACCUUUAGGCGGGAAACAUUCUAGCCCUAAUGAAACUAUUAAUGAAAAUAAAAUGGAUUCAAAGGAAUUAGACAAACCAACAAGUCAAGAUGUUUCAUCUUCAAGGAGCAUAAUACCUCCGUCUGUUGAAGCCACUUCACCCGAAGUGGUAAUCCCAGAUGUAAAGCAUCCAAGUCGUCAUAGUCUACAGAAUGAUAAGACAUUAUUGCCUUCUGAUUACUCAGCUCCUGAAAGGAAGGGAACUCAGGACGCAGAUGAUGGAAACUUAAUCUUACAGUCUUUCAAUGUUAUACAGACCCCCAAUGAUCUUAGUAAAAAAUCACAAGUACCCUAUGAAAGUAGAAACAAGGACAAUACUGAUAACACAGAGAAGAUUAUUGUAGGUUCCAAAGGACAGUUGGAACUAGAAGAAGAAGUGAGUCAUCCUCCAAGAAUUGUUGACGUGAAUAAGAAUAUUCAGCAUAGAAAUGGAGGAAGCCAUAGUGUAUCACUUAUAGGCCAUUCAUCUAUGAAUGAUGCGAGUAGGAGAAGUCAAAAGCAUUCUCAUGGCGAGAUUAGGCGUGAAAACGACAGGCAUCAAACUGAGAAGGCACAAGCCCCCUUGGGUAAACUAACGACAAAUAAUUUGAAAUCAAGUACAAACUUAUAUUUACCAGAAACUGACACAGAGAACACAGUGAAUCUGCUCGUCACUCUUAGACAAGACAAUAUAAAAACACCAGAUCUCUAUGAGAAAUUUCAAAGUUAUAUACUAAACUUUCCUUUGACACUCCAAGAAAGUAGAUCUCAAUCCUUCGAGGAUAAGUCAUUGAGUCAAUCUGCGAAAGAUGAUACAGGUAUGAAAAUGUCACCGACAAUAGAAAUUUGUAAAAUUGCUUCAAAAGACUCAGUGAUGUAUGUAAGUCAGGAUAUACCGGAAUUUAGUAGACCAGAAUUGUCUACAUCACAUCAGAUGGCGGAGGGUUUAUUGGCGGGGGAAGAAGAAAACGGUGCGACUGAGGUGUCAAAGUUAAAUGAACCCUUAAUUGUUAAUCAACUAGACAUGGAGUUGGAUAAAGUGAAAACUAUGAAUUUACAGUCGCAUAAAACUCAACUACACUUUGUACCACCGCAUAGCGACAGCCAAUCAAAACUUUAUUAUCGUGAUAUUAAAAAUCGUCGAAGACGGAUUAAACGUAUUAAUAUGAGGGGUAACCGUCUGUUAUACAUGACCAGCGAACGUAUACAGCUGAAAUCUCAUGGAUUAUGCAAUCAAGAAACUGAUAAACUUCAGAGUUACCAGUUACAUCGUGCACAAAGAUCCUAUCGACAACCAAAUCCUAGCUAUCAUUUACAAGAGGAUUUGACUAACAGACGACUGUUGGGCAUGCAUUGUAUACGUGAUUUAAGAAUGGUCAUCAGGUCAGAACCUAUAAUACAUCCAGCCAGACCUAUCAAUGAUACAAUAAUCAACUUUGAUAAAAAACUCAAAGAUAGACCACAAACAAAACGUUUGACAAGUAAUGCUGCACAACUUGAAUUUCAUCAAGAAAUAUCCACCCUUUCACCUGAUAGUCGAGGGCUUCAGAUGCCCCAAGGCGUUAAAGAUGAUAUGUACACUUAUGCUUCUCCAUGCGAAGAAAGUACACUAUCACUUAGGGAUUCUCAAGACGGAACCAGUCAGAAAGAUUCUACAAGUAUGAGUGAAGGAGAGAUUAAAAUUCCCCCGACUACCAUUCCAACGAGUCUGUUAAAAGCGAAAUCCACCAGGAGGCUGAAUGAAAUGAAGUUGUUUAAUGUUACGCCUAAAUUGAAAUCGACAUUGAAAAAUGAAACCUUAUUAGGCCUAAAUAAAACUCCAAAAUCACUUGAUAUUCAAGAGAAAAGUCGAGGGAAUACACCAAUGUCACUAUUUCGUACAAAAUCGCAUAGAAUUAGGAAAACUGACAGUUUACAAUCGCGUCGUCGUAAAGAAUAUGAAACAGAAUUAUGCGAAGCAGUAAUGAACACCCCGGUGGCUGAUUUAAGUGACAAGAUCAAAUCAAUCAUUGAACGCUAUACGGAUCUUCAAACCGCCGCUGGUCAACCGGUAAGUCCAUCAUCAUACACACAAAGAUCCAUCUCUCAGAUAUCAUCAUCAUCCUCAUCAUCAAGUGAAAGCAAUCCAACUAUUCAAGGUGACAGUAAUUCAAAAGGUGAGGGUCAACACAAGGUGGUUGUCAAGAACAAAAAGCAGAGAAUUGAUGAUGAAAAAAAGACAUCACUACUACCCGAUGACACCUCGCUGAAGUGUGAUGAAGAUGUUUUCACUGAAUUCAGUGAAAAUUCUUCAAGUGAUGAAAUUAGUUUAUUAUCGUUGAACAGGAUCCUGGAGAAAACACUGAAACACGAUGAGUUAUUCAUGUCAAAGCGGAUUCAUAGCAGUCGGACGAGUAGUCAUGAUACCAGGAGUACGACAAGUAGUCAUGAAACUAGCCGCACAACGUCAUCAAUUAGUCAUUAUCUCUGCGAUGAACAUGCACAUCACCGAUUACAUAAAAUUAGACAAUCAGUGAACUCAUCACGUGACAAGUUGACAACAUCUCGUUGUCAUAGUACAAAUAGUUAUAUCGUAGACAAGGAUAGGCUUUUAUUACUACUACCUAUGUUAACAAGUGGUCAUCGAUUAAAGCAUAGAAAGGCAUUAAAAUUGCUGGAAUUAUCAAAUAGCUUGAAAGAGAUAUCUAUCAUCUGCCUAUAUCAUGAAUUACGUAACGCAAUGAAACGUAAGGAUACAAUUAGACAGUUGGUCAAGAAAAUACUCACUACAUAA